CGUGCAGCCGUCGGUCAACUUCAUAUCUGCUGUCUCCUCUUCAGCGCUGACGAGGGAGCGCAGCUGCCCAGCAUGGCAGAUGACGUUGUCUCCUCAAGCGACUCCUCACCUCAAUCCUCUCGCCUCGUUCUGGAAGCUAAGAAGCAUGCCUCGUUCUUCCUCCGUCACCUCCGCCUCCUUCCACGCCCGUACACCUCAGCAGAUACACAGCGAAUGACCAUGGCCUUCUUCUGCCUAUCUGCGCUCGAUCUACUUGGCGUUGUGGAGGACAAGAUUAUAUCAGAAGAGCGCGAGGGGUAUAGAGAAUGGAUCUGGAGGUUGCAGGCUGACUCUGGUGGCUUUGUUGGAUCGCCGGCGAUAUCUCGAGGAGAGAAGGGCAAUCUCGCAAUGACAUAUACCGCACUGCUCAACUUAGGCAUCUUGAGGGACGACUUUGCGCGGUUGGACAGGGAGGGAAUCAAGGCUCUCCUGAGGGAAACGCAGCAGCUCGAUGGCAGCUUCGCCUCAUGUCCUGGCUCACUCGAGCGUGAUCCACGCUUCGUCUACUGCGCCUUUGCCAUCUGUACGAUGGUCGACGAUUGGUCAGGUGUCGAUGUAGAUCGAGCACUCGACUACCUCGACUCGUGUCGCUCCUACGAUGGAGUUUUUGCGCAAGGAGCAAGACAGGAAUCUCACGGCGGAUCGACUUAUUGCGCCGUCGCCGCCUACUCAAUGGCGGGUGCACUGAAAGCCCGCUUCUCGCAGCGCGAUCGAAGGCAACUUGCCUCCUGGCUCAUGGCGAGGCAGAGCGAGGAAGGGACGGGUGAAGGCGGUGGCUUCAAUGGAAGGAUCAACAAGCCCCAGGAUAGCUGCUACUCCUUCUGGUGUGGGGCUGCGCUGGCCAUCCUCUCUCGCCACGACCUGAUCGACCGCAAGAGCAACGUCGUCCACCUUCUCUCCCUGCAGACGGCCGUGGGGGGCAUACCCAAGACAGAAGAUGACCAUCCGGACGCCAUGCAUUCGUACCUUUCCCUCGCUGCCCUUGCCAUCCAUAGAGAAGGCCAAGACGAAGGAGAGGAUGGCAGAGAUGACUGGCGCACCCGCUGCGGGUUGAGGGAUGGGCUGGCGCAGGACCUCGACCCAUGCCUCAAUGUCGGGACAGAGACGGUCAAGUGGAUCCGCAGUUGCUUAUCAAGAUAGCGCGGUGCUGUCUUCACUGUAGUAUAGCCAAUAGCAUAGCAUCGAAUAACUUUGACGUCUUCAUC